AUCCAAUUAUCAAAUUGCCCCUCCAUUUAUCAUUGUUUGGUGAUGAACCAAUGGGCAAUAUGUUUAUGACUGGGAACUCUGCUGCUUGCUGGAUAUAAAGGAAGUAGAAACGUAUGGAUUCCAAGUCACCCUAGACCCUUGAUCUUCAAUCUUCAUACAACAAGAUGGUGCAAUUUUCAUCUCUUUUCAGCAGCUUGUCUAGAAAUAUUUUGAUCAAGAAUGGAAGGAAUCCUCGGGCUGAUGCUGGCCGAGAAGCUGCAGAUGCAUUGGCUAAAGAAGCAAGAAAAAAUGAUCUGAUGUUGAGUUCUCCCGGCACUAUUAACAGCAAUGGAUCCGAUAAUUUUGCCUGUGUCUUCUCCAAGGGAGGAAGGAAAGGAGUGAAUCAGGAUUGCUUUGUUGUGUGGGAGGGAUUUGGAUGCCAAGAAGACAUGGUCUUCUGUGGGAUUUUUGAUGGUCACGGUCCAUGGGGUCACCAGGUUGCCAAAAGGGUUAGGAAGCUAAUGCCAUCUUCUUUGCUGUGCAAUUGGCAAGAAACACUUGCUCUAAAUUCACUCAACCCAGGCUCUGGCAUGGAGCUGGAUCGAAGCCUUCAUCCUUUUGAUAUCUGGAAGCAGUCUUAUUUGAAGACUUUUUCUGCGAUCGAUCAAGAUCUUGAGCAGCACUCCGACAUCUAUUCUUUUCACAGUGGUACCACGGCAUUGACAAUAGUUAGACAGGGGGAUCUCAUUGUGAUGGCAAAUAUUGGUGAUUCCCGGGCAGUUUUGGCAACCAUUUCAGAUGAUGGAAACUUGAAACCAGUCCAGUUGACAGUUGAUCUUAAACCCAAUUUGCCUCAAGAGAGUGAAAGGAUAACACAGUCCAAAGGAAGAGUGUUCUCUUCAGAUGAUGAACCAGGUGUAUAUAGAAUCUGGUUGCCAAAUGGGGAGGCCUUGAGAGGUCCAGGACUAGCAGUUUCCAGAGCCUUUGGUGACUAUUACUUCAAGGGCUUUGGCCUAAUUUCUGAGCCUGAAAUUACACAGAGGAACAUCACCUGCAGAGACCAAUUUGUCAUUUUGGCAACUGAUGGGGUAUGGGAUGUUAUCUCCAAUGAAGAGGCAGUGAAGACAGUGGCUUCAGCACCAGACAGAGAAGGGUCAGCCAAGAGGCUAGUGGAGAGUGCAGUCUGUGGAUGGAAACAGAAGAAACGAGGCAUCGCAAUGGAUGACAUCUCUGCCAUUUGCAUCUUCUUUCACAGUUCUGAUCCCUCUCUGUAUGUCAACCCCGGCAAGCUUCAACUAGCAGAGUGAUUAAACUGGUAAUUGAGAUUGCCAAUGAAGAAGUUUUUUAACAAUAAGGGAAACCUCAAGUGACUGGGGACAUUGUUUUUUAUGUUAAUUUGGUGAAAUCAGCACACUAGUCAUAUAAAUCCUUCCUAGAAACUACACGAGAUAGAAUUGACAGGUAUCACUAGCUGGGCUAUCAUCUCCUUGGGUGAUAAUGUAUCUUCACCAUUUGGCUGUAUAUUCUUCCUUUA